CAUAAAUCAAAAUUAUUUUUUAGCUCAAAUGUGGGGUCUGAUUGUCGUGAAGGGUUGAUUGAUCUCUUGGGUGUUGAUGUGGCGGGUUCCAAUGAAAUUUACCUGGGACUGCCAACCUUAGUGGGAAGGGGGGAAAAGGAAAUUUUGAGCUAUCUCAGACAUAGAGUGGUCAAUCGUAUUCAUAGCUGGAAUAACAGGUUUCUCUCGAAGGCGGGUAGAGAAGUCCCGUUGAAGGCCGUUAUUCAAGCAAUGCCUACUUAUGCUAUGAAUGUUUUUCUUUUACCUAUUGACUUGUGUCGGGAAAUUGAGGUUCUUAUGAACGGCUUCUGGUGGCAAGGGAAGUCGGGUAGGGGUAUUCGGUGGAAAGCUUGGGAUUUUCUCAGUCAACCGAAAAAUUGUGGCGGCAUGGGAUUUAGAAGAUUACAUGAAUUUAAUCUAGCAAUGUUGGCUAAACAGGCUUGGAGGCUUUUUUCUAAUCCUGAUUCUCUCGUCGGGAAGGUGUACAAAGCUCGUUAUUAUCCUAGUGGCGACUUCUUAUCAGCCAAGAUUGGUUAUAAUCCCUCUUUUAUUUGGCGGAGUAUUUUUCAGACUCAAGAAAUUAUCAGGGAAGGUUUUAAGUGGAGGGUUGGAGAUGGCAAGCUGAUCAACGUGUGGCGUGACCCGUGGCUUCCAGACCCAGAGAAUCCAAGGGUAACUUCGCAGGUGCCAGAAGGUCUCUAGGAAACCGUGGUGGCUAACCUAUUGGACGAGUCUGGCACUAUGUGGGAUGAAGACCUGCUUCUGGACAUAUUUAAUAACCGAGAUAUGUCUCAGAUUAAAAGUAUCCCAGUGAGCUUUCGACGGGUGGCGGAUAUUCGACAUUGGAGAUGGGAGGAGAAUGGGCACUUCUCAGUCCGAAGCUGCUACAGGAAACUAAUUGGGGAUAUUAAUCAGCCACACUGGACGGGUUGGGCUAAGAUGUGGAAAUGGAGUAUUCCCCCUAAACUAAAAGUGUUUUUUUGGCAGGUAUGUACAGGGUGUUUACCAACAAAAGAAAAUCUUCGGGCUCGGCAAGUGGGCUGUGAUGAGUUGUGUGGUCUUUGCGGCAGGGAGAAGGAAACCAUGCUGCAUCUUUUCCAGGCAUGUACUGUGGCUAAGGAAGCUUGGGCAGAGGUGAAGUGGAAGUGAAAUGCUUGCGGAGCAGCUCAUUUCCAAGAACUAUUAGAGGUGGAAUUUCAAACUAGGAGAAGAGAUGAUUUAGAGAAACUAAUUUGGGGUUGCUGGGCUUUGUGGAGAGAACGAAAUCAAAGGAUCUGGGAAAAAAAUUCUUCUCUUGCAGGUCAAUUCAUGCGGAAGGCUGAGGGAUAUGUCCAAGGUUGGUUGCAGGUGCAGGUUGCUGGUAGGAGGGGAAUAAGGGUCGCUGUGCAAUCUCGGCCCUCAUGGAGCUGUCCAGUUAGAGGCCAAGUAAAACUAAACAUUGACGCGGCGGUUCGAGCAGAGCAUUGUGGUUUGGGAUGGUGUAUCCGCAAUGAGGACGGUGACUUUCUGGCAGGAGUAGCGAGGCCAUGGAAGGGUAGUCUUUCUCCAUUAGAGGCGGAGAUGAUUGGUAUCCGAGAGGCCCUGAGCUGGAUUCAGGAGAAGGAGUGGACUGAGCUUGACAUUGAGUCUGAUUCUUCCCGAGCUAUCUCGGAAAUUCUUAAGGGCUCUAGUUGUACGUCGUACGGGUUAAUUGCAGGUGACAUCCGAGAAUUGGCUAAGAAUUUUUCGAGCAUUUCUUUCU